AUGUCAGGCCAGGUGCUUGACAACAAGGUCAGAAAGGUGGAGAAUAAGGUGCGACAAAAGGUUCGGGGCAAGCUGGCAACUGGCUUAUGUGACAGGUGGAAGAACAUUGCCAAGACGUCUGUUGUAAGCUCAUUGAUGACUGUCGACACAAUUCCAUAUCUUGUCCAAACCCACAACGUAAUGCAUGAUGCGAAGACAGGUGACCACCUGUUGAAGUUGGUACUUGAAGACAUCGUCUUGAUGGAAACAAAAUAUGGCGUUAUUCUCAUCGCUUGGUGUACAGAUGAUAGCCCUGAUGGGAAGAAAAUAUGA